UGCAAUGGACACCAUGUUCGAGGUGAAUGUACCUGGAUACCAGGCAAGGACAAUGAGCAAUUGGUGUACUGAGGUCAUCAACAUAGCAGGCAAUGUGGACAAUAAGUCGUGCGGGGUUAUAAUGUUAAGCUGCAUGAAGGCAUGUGCGCCUCGGUUCGUGGCACAAUAUGAAGUGCAUGAUUUGGUGAAAUUAAGAACGACGUUAAUGCUUGACGACUUGCUGUCGGAAUACAAUGACGUCAGUUACGCCAUGCUUGAAGCAAUGCUGCCUCGAGCUAGGAUAAGGGGGGGUAGUGAUGGUUUGCCCUAAACUGGUUCUUGGAUGAUUCAUAGUAUUUAUAAUUUGCAGGAUAAUGUGGGUGUUGGAUAAUUUUGUGAUCAUAGUUGUUGGAUAAAUUGUUAUUAAUUUGUA